AGACUGAGCAGUGCUACAUUUUGAAUACAAUUGUUGCCUGGUGCCUAUGCAGUUUUCCAACAUUCCCUCUUGUAUAGGCAGGUGAGACUGACGGCGGCGCUGCAGGAGAAACCCUUUCACUAUUGUGAAUAGGUCACAUCCGGUUACACACAGGAACAGCGGUGUUGUCCGAAGAGGCGUGUGGAGAUGCCGAAGUUUUAUUGCGAUUAUUGUGACACAUACCUAACGCAUGAUUCGCCUUCUGUAAGGAAGACACACUGCAGUGGGCGCAAACACAAGGAGAAUGUGAAAGACUACUACCAGAAAUGGAUGGAGGAGCAAGCACAGAGUCUCAUUGACAAAACAACUGCUGCCUUUCAGCAGGGGAAGAUCCCGCCCACACCCUUCCCUGGAGCUCCGCCCCCAGGAGGAGCCAUGAUCCCUCCUCCUCCAAACAUCAGUGGCCCCCCGCGACCUGGGAUGCUACCAGCGCCCCCUAUGGGUGGUCCUCCAAUGAUGCCCAUGAUGGGGCCCCCUCCACCUGGGAUGAUCCCAGGAGGACCAGAAACUAGAAAAGAACAGCUGAUCCGAAUCGGACCAGACUGUGGCAUCUUCCCACGCUUCCACCUGGAGCCAGCCCCGGGCAUGAGGUCACCGAUGGGUGGGCAUAUGCAGAUGAUGCCUGGACCGCCCAUGAUGCGUCCGCCUGCUCGGCCCAUGAUGGUGCCACUCAGACCUGGCAUGGUGCGACCCGACCGAUAGGCCUGCAGGAGGCCGAGGGCACCCCCCACACUCGCACAAGAUGACUGCUGCUACAGCCUCUGCCAGCUCUCCAGAGGACUGAAGUGCUGCAUUGUAUUUUGAGAGCUGAAUUGAACUCCCACAUCCACCCAGCACCCC